AUGGAUGAAAUAUGGGUCAUGGAUCAAGUUAUAGUUGCUUAUAGUGUCAUGGUCCAUGUGGCAGUUGGUUAUAGUGUCAUGGUAACACCUAUAGAUGACAUAUGGGUCAUGGGAUUCUUAUAUGGGUCAUGGGUCAAUGUGGUAAUUUCUUAUAGUGUCAUGGGGAAGUAUUUUUUGUUAGGAGAAGACGAAGCAUGGAAACAAUUGCUUCAAGAAGCAGCCAAUAAGGGACAGUUGGAUGCGGUAUUCAUUCUAGGAAUGUUGUUGAUGGCCGAAGGCAGUGAAAGGAAGCAAGAAGCUCUGAUCAUGUUGAAUAAUGCUUACAUUAAUACAAGAAGAAGUUGGAAUCUGAGACAAACCGGCUACAAGGUUCGAAGCUACUUGGUUAGGCGAAGGAGAUCAAAGCAGAUACAAUUGCAAGGCUUGAAUAAAAGUUAUGCAAAGCAUCCUUUUGUGAGCAGAUAUGGAAAAUCUUUUAUGCAUGAAUACAGUUGGUUGUUUAAUUGUGAUAUUUCUUUGUGGGAUGCAUGUUUGGUUAAGUUUGCUAAGAUGUUUGACAUUAGUUUAGAGUAG